AUGGAAUCUGUAGACCAUAAGGUAGAGUCUAUGCUUAGUGUUGUAUCUCUCUCAGUUCCACCUUUUUGGGACAUGGAUCCUGUUUUGUGGUUCGCUCUUCUUGAGGCCGAGUUUUAUAACCACAGAAUCACUUCCGACUACGCGAAGUAUUGCAAGCUCCUGUCCUAUCUCCCCAAGGAGAUAUCAAUGCAGGUUCGUGACGUCAUCAUUUCUCAGACCGAAAACCGCUAUGAGGCUCUCAAGGAGGCCACGAUUAAGCGUGUUAUGCCCUCUGAGAAAGUUCGCCUGCAGCAGCUUUUCAGGGAUCUGCAGCUGGGCGACAAACUGCCCUCAACCCUGCUACGAGAGAUGCAGCAACUCCUUGGUUCUUCAACCAUGGAUGAGACUUUACUUCGUGAACUAUGGCUACAACGGCUACCGGAAAACACACAAGCGAUUCUCGCUACA